GCGGAACGAAGCGAGCUACUUCUCAAAAUGUACUCUUAAAUGUGUACAUUUCAAGAAAGAGAAGUGUUCGUCUUGUGUUAUUAAGGCAUAUACAAUGGACGUUGUGGACUUGUGACUCGAAAUGAUAAGACUCUUGUUUUGAAAAGCGGAAGCGUAGGAGAGAGACUUUGAGGAAAUCGACGCUUGCGUAGGGAUAACGCAUGCUAACCAGUAAUAUUCAACAAUAUAUUUUAAUGUUAUUCUAUUAGGACAAAGGAAAAUAUUUUACGAAUCAUUGGACAUUCUUCAAAAUCAAGUGGGGAAAAUGAACAAUUCUGGCUUGCCUCUCUCGCUGCUCCACCUCCUGGUCCCGCCGCUGCAGCUCCGCUCUGCUGCAAUGUGGCAACUUGCAAAACAGAAAGAUGUGAUGAAUUACCAUAAACUCCAAGAGUUUGUGUCCAUGCUGACUGAGGCAAUGCCUGGACUGAUGAACCACAAACAGGCGGCCCAGCUUAUUCUGGGUCUCAGAGCCCGUUUGAUCCUGGAGCUGUGCAAAGGUUCUGUCCGAGGUUCUGUUGACUUUCAAACAGUCCAGACGCAUUUAGAAAAACUCCCGCUACAAUCAAAUCACAGCGAUGCAGAGGUGAAAGCAGCAGAGUCCACAUUCGUCGCCCUGGUUCAGAGCCUCCUUAAAGAUCCAGCUGAGCGAGCGUACUUCUUCCAGGAGGUCUUCCCUAUGGAGUACGGACCAAAGUAUGACGCUGCUCUUCAUGUGUUGCUAUGGGAGCUGCUCUCCAAGCUGGAGAAGCUGCUUCCAAUACCAGACCUCAAACAGACUACAGACUGGUUGGGCUCAACUUCUGUCUUAUUGGAUGAAUGUGUCCAGUCCACGACAGAAGAACUGAGCUUGAUCUUUGAGCACUGUAGGACUUCUGCACUACUUAAAAUGCCAGACAGCACCUCCACCACUCUUGGCAGCUGCAUCAUAUCCGCUCUAUCAAUCCCGCCCUCCGACAAAGCGAACAUCUCAGUCGGGCCUGAGUUAGUCCACAACUACGCAAACAUCGUUGGGGCCGACCAGUACAGCGUGGUGACGGUCUUCACAGAGGUGGACGUCGGGGUGUUGGACGUACCGACCGAAGUUCAGACGGGUUUCUACGAGGAAGAAGUGGCACCCAUCAAUGCUGAGGAGUCCGCAGCAGAGACCGUGGACGUCGCCACAGCCCUGGAGACUCUGGAAAUGGAGAGUCUGGAAAACGAUGAAGGUGCCUUUGAAGAUCAAGAAAGGAAUGUUCUGGAUGAGGCGAAAGAUGAUGUCCAAGCUGGCGAUGUGAGAUAUUGCACUGAAGUGAAGGAGGCUGCUGUUGAAGAUGAAAUGACACACUCCUCCGCUGAACUUCCUCCUGACUCAUCUGACUGGAAGAGCAUCCAAGCUGGCCAAGGAGCCACCUCGUGCGUAAUCGCCGUCAAAGGAAGCGACAAAGGACAUUCCGAUGAGAUGACCUCCAUUAUCUUCACAUGCUCGCAGUGUCCCUUCCACCAAUCAGAAGACAACAGUCCUCCCCACUUCCAUAUGCAGAGCGUUGACACUGAGGAAUACCGCAAGCUCUCAGGAACCAACUUGACUCCAACUCCCUCAGACACAGAUGAGAUUUUUACAUCCAUUAAACUUUUUCCACAAGGAGGCGCAGAGCAGCUUGAAAGUGCCGGUAAAGACGAGUCUGUGACUUCCGCUCAGGCUCCAAGCAGACUGACGUGCGAGACGUGCGGCAGAACCUUCACGCGUACAUCUGACGUCAGGCGACACCAGCUUACCCACACGGGCGAGCGGCCCUUCCGCUGCUCGCAGUGCGACCGCACCUUCCAGCACUCGUGGGAUCUGGCCAAGCACCAGAGCAAGUCGCACGCCGCCGCGGUCUCCUUCACCUGCCCGCCGUGCCGCACCACCUUCGCCAACCUGCGCGCGCUGACCGCCCACCACAAGAGGUGCCAUUCAGGCGAGAGCCGCCUUCCGCACAUCUGCUCCAUCUGCAGCCGCAGCUUCGCCUCCACCGCCGAGCUUCUGGAGCACAGGACGUCACACGUGGCCCCCAAGCGCUACGUCUGCCCGCAGUGUGGCGAGUGGUUCGACUCGCUUCUGGCGCGCUCUCUACACCGGCAGACGCAUCUGGUCAAGCACCAUUUCAAGUGCCCGCACUGCGAGAAGACAUACACGCGGCGGUCGGACGUAAAGAGGCACAUGUCCACGCACACGGGGGAGCGUCCUCACAAGUGCGGCCAGUGCGGCAAACAGUUCUCGCUGCACUUCAUGCUGGUGAAGCACCUCCGUAUCCACACGGGCGAGCGGCCGUUCCCGUGCUCGCACUGCUCCAAGAGGUUCACCCUGGCAUCCGUGCUGACCCGACAUGAGAGGAUGCACACGGGGGAGAAGCCCUUCCUGUGUUCCCAGUGCGGGAAGGCCUUCUUGUCCCAAGGGGAGCUCUCCAAACAUCACAGGUCGCACGUGGAGGACAAGCCCUACGCCUGCUCGCAAUGCGGCAAACGCUUCAAGAGCAAGAAGACCCAGCAGGAGCACGUGGUCUCUCACACCGGCAUCCGCCCAUACCCCUGCACCUACUGCGGCAAGGGCUUCGCCAAACCCUACGCGCUGACCCGACACCACCUCAUGCACACGGGAGAGAGACCCUUUCCUUGCAGCUACUGCGACAAGACCUUCCUCACCCUCAGCGAGGCUCAGCUGCAUCAACGCGUCCACACGGGCGAGAAGCCGUACGCCUGCGGCACCUGCCCGCUCAAGUUCAAGAGCUCGUCGGAGCUGGCGUGGCACAAGCGCAGCCACGCGGGUAUGAAGCGGCUGAGGCCAAAGUGCGGGACGUGUAAGAAGAGCUUCUCGUCCAAGGCCAAACUCAAUAAACACAUGGAGACGCACGGCGAAGGACUAACGGCUGAAUGA